UCCCAGGAGGGAAGGCCAGCCCCCCUGGGCAGAAACAGCUAUUGCAGCCCCCCACUUCAGGCAAAGGAGGAGGCUCAUUUACAAGGCAGAUCAACCAGGGCCCUGCCUGAAGCUCUUGAGCCCUGUGUCCAGCCACUGCCACCCACUAGGCUAUAAGAACACCCCGACUUCCGGACCAGUGCUGGGCGGGUGGCAUGUGAGCUCAGCCUAGCUUCCCCUCCUGUGCACCCUCCUUCCUUCCCUCCUCCUGUCCGCUGGUAUUUGCCCAACAUCUCCAAAGAGGGACACUUGACAUUAUGUCUCUGCUCAACCCUGUCCUGUUGCCCCCUAACGUGAAGGCGUAUCUGAGCCAAGGGGAGCGCUUCAUCAAAUGGGACGAUGAAACUUCAAUAGCCUCCCCGGUUAUCCUACGUGUGGAUCCCAAGGGCUAUUACUUAUACUGGACCUAUCAGAGUAAGGAGAUGGAGUUUCUGGACGUCGCGAGCAUCCGAGACACUCGCUUUGGGAAGUUUGCCAAGAUGCCCAAGAGCCAGAAACUCCGGGAGGUCUUCAACAUGGACUUUCCAGAUAACCACUUCCUGCUGAAAACGUUCACGGUGGUGUCCGGCCCCGACAUGGUGGACCUCACUUUCCACAACUUUGUCUCUUACAAAGAGAACGUGGGAAAGGAUUGGGCAGAGGAUGUCCUGGCUCUCGCCAAACACCCGAUGACAGCCAACGCUCCCCGGAGCACUUUCCUAGACAAGAUCCUGGUGAAGCUGAAAAUACAACUCAACCCCGAGGGGAAGAUUCCUGUGAAGAAUUUUUUCCAGAUGUUUCCAGCCGACCGCAAACGUGUAGAAGCUGCCCUCAGUGCUUGUCACCUUGCGAAAGGCAAGAGUGAUGCUAUCAACCCCGAGGACUUCCCGGAAUCUGUGUACAAGAGCUUCCUCAUGAGCCUCUGUCCUCGGCCAGAAAUUGAUGAGAUCUUCACUUCUUACCACGCUAAAGCCAAACCCUACAUGACCAAGGACCACUUGACCAAAUUCAUCAAUCAGAAGCAGCGAGACUCCCGACUCAACUCCUUGCUCUUCCCGCCAGCCCGGCCUGAGCAGGUGCAGGCCUUGAUCGACAAGUACGAGCCCAGCGGCAUCAACGUGCAGAGGGGCCAGCUGUCACCAGAGGGCAUGGUCUGGUUUCUCUGUGGACCAGAGAACAGUGUGCUGGCCCACAAUGCACUGCUGCUCCACCAUGACAUGACGCAACCUCUGAAUCACUACUUCAUCAACUCAUCCCACAACACCUACCUGACAGCCGGCCAGUUUUCAGGCCUGUCCUCGGCCGAGAUGUACCGCCAGGUGCUGCUGUCUGGCUGCCGUUGUGUGGAGCUGGACUGUUGGAAGGGGAAACCCCCUGACGAGGAGCCCAUUAUCACCCAUGGCUUCACCAUGACCACAGAUAUCUUGUUCAAGGAAGCCAUCGAAGCCAUUGCGGAGAGUGCCUUUAAGACCUCCCCCUACCCCGUCAUCCUGUCAUUUGAAAACCAUGUGGACUCGCCCCGCCAACAGGCUAAGAUGGCUGAGUACUGCAGGACCAUGUUUGGAGAAACCUUGCUCACAGAACCCCUGGAAAAUUUUCCUCUGAAGCCCGGCGUCUCUUUGCCCAGCCCUGAGGAUCUCCGGGGCAAGAUCCUCAUUAAGAAUAAAAAGAACCAGUUUUCUAGGCCAGCGUCCCCUAGCAAGAAGCCUGGUGGGGUGGCGGAGGACAGCUGCCCAUCUAGUGUCCCUGUAGAAGAGGACACAGGAGUGUGGACCGCUGAAGACCGGGCUGAGGUGGAGGAGGUAGUGGUGGAAGAGGAGGAAGAGGAGGAGUCAGGAAACUUGGAUGAAGAAGAAAUAAAGAAGAUGCAGUCAGAUGAGGGCACAGCAGGCCUGGAGGUGACAGCUUAUGAGGAAAUGUCCAGCCUUGUCAAUUACAUCCAGCCCACCAAGUUUAUCUCCUUCGAGUUCUCUGCACAGAAGAACAGAAGUUAUGUCAUCUCAUCCUUCACGGAGCUCAAGGCCUAUGAGCUGCUCUCCAAGGCGUCCAUGCAGUUUGUGGACUAUAAUAAACGCCAGAUGAGCCGCGUGUACCCCAAGGGCACGCGCAUGGACUCUUCCAACUACAUGCCUCAGAUGUUCUGGAAUGCUGGAUGCCAGAUGGUUGCCCUCAAUUUCCAGACAAUGGACCUGCCCAUGCAGCAGAACAUGGCACUGUUUGAGUUCAACGGGCAGAGUGGCUACCUCCUCAAGCAUGAGUUCAUGCGCAGGCUGGACAAGCAAUUCAACCCCUUCUCGGUGGACCGCAUUGAUGUGGUGGUAGCCACCACCCUUUCCGUUACGGUGAUCUCUGGGCAGUUCCUGUCAGAGCGCAGUGUGCGCACCUAUGUGGAAGUGGAGCUGUUCGGCCUGCCAGGGGACCCCAAGAGACGUUAUCGCACCAAGCUGUCACCCACGGCUAACUCCAUCAAUCCUGUCUGGAAAGAGGAUCCCUUUGUCUUUGAGAAGAUCUUGAUGCCUGAGCUGGCCUCCCUCAGGAUAGCUGUGAUGGAAGAAGGUGGCAGGUUCCUCGGGCACCGAAUCAUUCCCGUCAAUGCCUUAAGUUCUGGAUACCACCACCUGUGUCUGCGCAGUGAGAGUAACAUGCCUCUUACCAUGCCUGCACUCUUUGUCUUCCUGGAGACGAAGGACUACGUACCUGACACGUGGGCAGAUCUUACGGUGGCUCUUGCCAACCCCAUCAAGUACUUCAGUGCCCAUGAUAAGAAGUCUCUGAAGAUUAAGGAGGUGAUGGGAAGUCUGCCUGAGCCCUCCUCAUCUGGGAUUCCUGUUGCCAGCCAGUCCAAUGGAGCAUUAGUCCCAGCAAGCAACGGGCCAACAGCACCUGGGACCAAGGCCAAGGAGGAAGCCACAAAAGAAGUGGCUGAACCACAGACUGCAAGCUUGGAGGAGCUGCAGGAGUUGAAGGGCCUGCUGAAGCUGCAGCGGAGACAUGAGAAGGAGCUUCGAGAGCUAGAGCGGCGUGGAGCCCGGCGCUGGGAGGAGCUGCUGCAUCGUGGCGUCGCACAGCUGGUGGAGCUCGGGACCCCAGCAGCGGGCUGCAAGCUCCGCCCCGGCAAGGGCUCCCGCAAGAAGAGGACCCUGCCCUGUGAGGAGAGCAUCAUCGUGGCGACGAGCGAGCUCCCCGAGGGCUCGGACCUGCGCGUGCGGGAGCUGAGAGACAGGCUGGAGCAGGAGCUGCAGCAGCAAGGCGAGGAGCAGUAUCGCUCUGUCCUCAAGCGCAAGGAGCAGCACGUGACCGAGCAAAUCGCCAAGAUGAUGGAGCUGGCCAGAGAGAAACAGGCUGCUGAACUCAAGACAUUCAAGGAGACCUCAGAAACUGACACCAAAGAGAUGAAGAAAAAACUGGAAGCCAAGAGGCUGGAACGGAUCCAAGCCAUGACCAAAGUCACCGCAGACAAAGUGGCCCAGGAGAGGCUCAAGAGAGAAAUUAACAACUCCCACAUCCAGGAAGUAGUACAGGCUGUCAAGCAGAUGACAGAGACUCUGGAGCGUCACCAGGAGAAGCUGGAAGAGAAGCAGACAGCCUGCCUGGAGCAGAUCCGGGUGAUGGAAAAGCAGUUCCAGGAGAAGGCGCUGGCCGAGUAUGAGGCCAAGAUGAAGGACCUGGAGACAGAAGUAAAGGAGUCAGUGAGGGCCUGCUUCAAGGCUUGCUUCCCGUCUGAGGCAGAGGACAAGCCUGAGAGGCCCUGCGAGGCCUCCAAGGUACUGUGUCCACAGGAACCACUUGUGAGCAAGGCAGACACCCAGGAGAGCCGCCUCUGAUGCCAGCAUCUCACUUGGACAUUUUAGCAAGGCUACUCACAUCCUUCUCUGCAACAUGGUCCCAUUCUCCGCGAGAAAAGAACCCUAAUACUUGGGAGGGGCUGUGGGAGCCUGGGGCUCCCUCGGAUGCUGCAGCCCCCUUCUCAGCCGGAAAAGGGCAGGAAUAAGAGACCAUUAGGGCAAGAGCUCACCUGGAACCUGAGUCUUUUCUAAGCUGGCCUCUUUUGUCCAUCUCACCUAUAGUGAGUGUCAUGUACUCGCUGAAGGUAAAGUUGUCUGGACCAAGAGAGAGGAA